AUGCGCUUCUCCGCCCUCUCCUUUGCUGCCGCCGCCAUUGCCACUGCUAGCCUCGCCACGGCGACUCGUACGUCCAUUCGCUCGAUCGCUACGCGCGCCGACCAGACGAUCGUCUCCCCCCUCUCCGACGACCCCAUCGGACCCUCGAUCGAGUUCCAGUUCGCUGACGAGUCCCACACGGCCGGGAGCACGUCCUUCGUGCGCACGACGCUCAGGAACUCCACCUUUUCCACGCUCAUCGGGGACAAUAUCCCGUUCGAGAGCGCGCGCCCGGACUUUAUUAGCACGUCGUUGCCUGUCCCGGCCGAGUUCGUCAAGGGUUUCUACGACCUCGUCGUGGAGGAGGUCGACGGAGAUGGGAGCGUCAUCUUUACCGGGGAGUCGACUGACCUCGCCUACCUGAUCUUCUGAGCCACAGCCGCUCUCGAGGGAGUAUUUAUGAGCUGGGGGGAGGGAUCUCCGUAAUUCAAGGUUUAGUACCGACUUCGCUGGGUUGAAGAUGACCUCGGGGACCGCUGCUUGGCUUGGCCCGUCGCUCGUUCAAGUUCUCUAUGCUCAUCAUAUCUUGUAACCUUUUAUCAGUACAGGAACUAUCGCCACGUCUGGCUUCGGUAGCGUUCGCGAUUCGGGACUGCCGUCAGUUUGGUAGAGCGACGAAGUCCGCCGCAGGAACGCACGGAGUGGCGCCGAGUCCCAGGUCGCUCGGGUCUCAGCAUGACUUGCUGACAGAUGUGCAGGUUUCUCGCAAGCUACUAGCCGAUAUGAUCG